UUGUUUUUUUUAGAGUUUUGAGGACCAUGCAUUCGUUAAUCUGGGAUCUGCAGUGUUUGCCAGGUUGAAGCCAGAAUUAGGAACAGUCCCAUCAAAUUCAGUGUACAUGUUCGUGGCUGUAAUGGGUAGAUCUAGAGUAAGCCCAGAAGAUACACAUUCACAGAGUCCUUCAUCUAUGAAUUGCAGCCCCUCUUCUACAGGAGAACAGUCCGAUACUAAUUGUAGUAUUAGUUCAAGCAUUCAAACCCACCUUCCUCCCAGAACUAUUAAAAUAAGAUUUCUGGAUGAUUUAAGUCCUUCUGAACAAGAGAAAUACCAGGUUGAACAGCUGAAGAAGCAGGUAGAGAAGAGAGCUGCUCUAGCUUCCUCAGACCAAGCACUUGAUCGGCCUCCUCAAUCUGACCGGCCUCCCCAAACCGCUCCAUCUGAUGCUGCGCAGACGAGACACGUUCCAUCGGAAACCAGGGUGACAGAGAAUCCGUUAGCAAAUCAAGUAGAACAACAAACUCCGAACCAAGUUCCUUAUCAAGGAGGACAAAAAACUCAAAACCAGGUUCCAUUUCAAGGAGGAACCCAGGUUCCAUAUCAAGGGGGAAUCAACCUUUCUAAUACAACAACUGGUCAAUUUAAUCCCAAUUCAGAAACUAGUGUGGAUCAUGUUGUUACUAGAAGCAGUAACUAUUCUCAAAGAGACUCCGCGCACAAUAAUCAAUCUGUAAAUCAUGCUGGACAUGAUCGGACAAAUCAACCAAGACAAUAUUCAGUUUACCCCAGCAGUGCUCACAAGGACCUGGAGAGGGUGGAAGGAGUGCCUACUGAUCGUAAUCAUGAUACUAACUAUGCUAGUCAUCACAGCUUACUUAGAAGACAUCAGCUUGCACAUGACAAAAAUCAAUGGUAUUAUAGAAACGGUACAGAUAUUACAACUACGAAGGAGAUUAGAGAACAGCUAGGGAGAAGUGAAUACAAUUCUGGAUACGGUUUGGAGAAUCCUGUUUUCCGAACUGAUGGCCCAGAUGACAGAUAUGACCGGUGGCGGACGGAUCGUGCUGGUGCUGGGAGACAUACUGAACAUCAUACCUGGAGAAGGUUCACUGUUGCCCAGCAAAUCAGAUAUGGGAUUAUACAGAGCGGAAACCAGGAAACACUCGCAGUAUCAGAUAGUGUCUUUAUCAGUGGUAGUGAAGGAUACAUGGCAGGGGUAGAUCCUGAAAACUUAGAUCUUUCUCAAACACAACAUCAGCCUCCAGGAGAGGAUGAAAACUCGAAUUAUGAUUAUUCCAAUGUUCCUAUGGCCGGGCUUCCUAUGAUAGGGGCCCUCAUGGGUAUGUGCCUGGGAGGCCCAAUUGGAUUCUUGGCAGGGGUCAAAAUUGGAGGUCUUGCUGCAGUUGGUGGCUCCAUUCUUGGCUAUACUGGAGCCAGUGUUGUCAGUGAACAUAAAGAGUUGCGGGAUUACAUGGAUGAACAUUAUCAAAACAAACCUGAGCUCUAUGUACAAUCUCCUCGUGAAGAGGCGCGGCAAAGACGCUUUUCGCGACAGCUGCCGGAAAUCCCCCGACCCCUGGGGUCAGCUGCCAGCAAGAAUGGUCCUAAUGGGUACAGCAAUGCGCGGGCUGCCGCAGCACUUUUAAAAUGGGACGCUAGUAGAAGGAGGCCUUCAGUUGUUCGUCUUUCAUCACAAGAUAAGUUUGUAAUUCGACCAACAGUACCAGAGCAACGGUUUAUACAACGGCAAUCUUCCACUGAACAAACUCAUAGAAUGCUUCCUCAAAGACCACCGCCAAUGCUAAGGGGCAACUCAACCGAGGCACGUUCAUUACGAAGUUCGCCGGUUGCCCAGCGUCGGAUAUCUUAUCAAAGAUCGUCUUCAACAGCAAUGCGCCGUUUGCCGCGUCAAGGCAGCACAGAGGUUCAUCGUGUGCUACCCAACCCUAGAACUUUCCGCAGGUACGGAGAACAAUCAGACUCUGAAAGACAAUCGCUUAUGGCGCUGGUUGACGAAUAUCAGUCUGCAGAAAGACGGAUACCACAACAGCCUCUUCAAGAGACACCGGUUAGUAAAGGAGAAAAAAGAGUAAGAUGGGGACGUGCCACAUUUCAGCGCUCAACUUCACUGGAAACACCACCGGUGGAUUUUUCCCGGCAGAGACUGAUGUUAGUCCGCCAGGAUUCAGUGGCAGGGUCGUCGUCUUUACCUGACAAACUAGAGGAGAGAUCUAGUGAUAAUUCUUAUAAAUAAUCACAAUAUUUAUUUUUAUUCGGAUAAAAUUUCUAUUUUCAAAAAGAAUAUAAUCUAAUUAUUGUCUUUGCAUAAAUUAAUGUUGUGAUCAGAAAUAAUUUCCAAUAUGAGAUUAUUUUAUAAUUACUUGAUGCAAAAUGAAUUGUUAUAUAUUUUUAUUAAAAAUUCAAAUGUUCAUUAUUAUACCAUAAACCAACAAUAGAAAAAUAUAUCAAAAUCAUAUUAUGUUUAAAAGUAGCAACAAAGUGGUCAUUGAAUUUUGAUUUUUCUCACAAUUUUUUAAAGCAAAAAUUGUUUUUCUUCAAAAUUUUCAUAUCUGUAAGAUAAUAAAUUUUGACCAUGCAAUGAUGCAAUUAGGAACAAAUUAGCUGCCUUUAAAACAAAUCUCCAAUACUAUAAAGUACCUCAAACAAUUGACAAGUUCAACCCAUAUUUCAGGAAAAAGAUUGUAAAAAAUGCAUAUAAAGUUAGAGGCUCAGUAUAAAAGUAUAAAAAUGCCUCUCAGCAACAAUUGUUGAAAAGAAAUGUUGACACAUUUAAAUAAAUAUCCAAGCAACAAAACCAUUAUAAAAGAAUAAAAAUAUAUUGUUUAUUGUU